ACUGACAUCUUGUUGAUGAUUGUUGGGACCAUUGCCGCCAUUGGAAAUGGUAUGGGAAUGCCUCUCAUGACAUUAAUAUUUGGCCAAAUGGCAAACGUCUUCGCUGAUAACCUGUACAGUGAAGAUAUUGUCAACCAAGUUUCCAAGAUCAGUCUGAAAUUUGUGUACUUGGCAAUAGGCAUAGGUGUUGCAGCAUUCCUUCAGGUGGUAUGUUGGAUGGUGACAGGGGAAAGACAAGCUGCAAGAAUAAGGGGUUUGUACUUGAAGACUAUUCUAAGACAAGAUAUUGCUUUCUUUGAUAAAGAGACAAACACUGGUGAGGUCAUAGGUAGAAUGUCAGGUGACACAGUCCUUAUUCAAGAUGCCAUGGGUGAGAAGGUUGGGAAAUUUGUGCAGUUAAUUGCAACAUUUGUUGGAGGGUAUGUGAUAUCAUUUGUUAGAGGGUGGCUUCUAACUCUUGUCUUGUUGUCUGCUCUUCCAAUUCUCGCUAUAGCUGGCGCAGCUUUGGCCAUCACGAUAGAAAAGAUGGCAACCAUAGGUCAAAAUGCUUAUGCAAAAGCAGCACACGUAGUUGAACAGACAAUAGGUUCUAUAAGAACAGUUGCAUCCUUCACUGGGGAAAAGAAAGCAGUAUCUAGUUAUGAAAAACGUCUUGAAGAUGCAUACAAAUCAGGAGUUAGUGAAGGCAUAGCAGCUGGAAUGGGUUUUGGUGUUGUUACCUGUGUCAUUUUUUGCGGUUAUGCUUUAGCUGUAUGGUAUGGUUCAAAGAUGAUAAUGGAAAAAGGAUAUAAUGGGGGUAUGGUGAUCAAUGUCAUGGUUGCUGCAUUAAGUGCUUCCAUGUCUCUUGGGGAAGCAAGUCCUUGCUUAAGUGCUUUUGCUUCGGGUAAAGCAGCAGCCUAUAAAAUGUUUCAAACAAUUGAGAGAAAGCCUGAGAUUGAUGCUUAUGAUCCUACUGGAAAAACAUUGGAAGAUAUUCAUGGCGAUAUAGAAUUGAGGGAUGUCUAUUUCAGUUAUCCGGCCAGACCCGAGGAGCUGAUAUUCAACGGAUUCUCUCUGCAUAUUCCGAGUGGCACAACUGCGGCUUUAGUAGGACAAAGUGGAAGUGGGAAGUCCACAGUUAUCAGUUUGAUAGAAAGAUUCUAUGAUCCACAGGCAGGUGAAGUUCUUAUUGAUGGCAUUAACAUUAGAGAAUUUCAGGUUAGAUGGAUCAGAGGAAAAGUUGGCCUUGUCAGCCAGGAGCCAGUGUUGUUUGCAUCUAGCAUCAAGGAUAACAUUGCUUAUGGAAAGGAGGGAGCAACAAUUGAAGAGAUUAAAGUUGCCACUGAACUUGCAAAUGCUGCUAAUUUCAUUGAUAAACUGCCAAAGGGAUUGGAAACAAUGGUUGGUGAGCAUGGAACACAACUAUCUGGUGGACAGAAGCAACGCAUUGCCAUUGCAAGAGCUAUCCUAAAAGAUCCAAGGAUUUUGCUUCUAGAUGAAGCCACAAGUGCACUUGAUGCAGAAUCUGAAAGAAUAGUGCAAGAGGCCCUAGACAGGAUCAUGAUCAACAGAACUACUGUUAUUGUAGCUCAUCGCCUAAGCACCGUGAGGAAUGCAGACAUGAUUGCUGUAAUUCAUAGAGGGAAAAUGGUUGAAAAAGGAACACAUGUUGAAUUAGUCAAGGACCCCGAAGGAGCUUACUCUCAGCUUAUACGUUUACAAGAGGUAAGAGAGGAGGAUUCAUUAAAGAAUGCAGACAAUCAAAACAAGUCUGAACUCUCAAAAAGUAAAAGGUGGUCAUUUCAAAGAUCAGAAUCAUCUAUUGGUAGCAGUAGCCGCCACUCGACUUCCUUCGGCAUACCUACAGGAGCUAAUAUCCUUGAUCCUAAAGUUGAAACUCCAAGAGAAGAGGAUGUACCAUCACAAGAGGUUCCACUAUGGUGGCUUUUUUCCCUUAACAAACCAGAGAUUCCAGUGCUUCUUAUGGGAUCUAUAGCUGCCACAGCAAAUGGUGCUAUAUGGCCAGUGUUUGGUUUGUUGCUUUCUAGUGCCAUCAAAACAUUUUAUGAACCAUUCAAUGAGUUAAAAAAGGACUCAAGGUUUUGGGCACUAAUGUUUGUGACCCUUGGACUUGCAUCUUUAAUUGCUCUUAUAGCAAGAGGAUACUUUUUCUCUGUGGCUGGCCAUAAGCUAAUCCAGCGCAUUAGAUUGCUAUGUUUUGAGAAGGUGAUCAACAUGGAGGUUUCAUGGUUUGAUGAGGCUGAUCAUUCGAGUGGUGCAAUCGGUUCAAGGCUCUCGACGGAUGCUACAUCUGUUCGUGCCCUUGUUGGGGAUGCAUUAGGACUACUAGUUCAAAAUAUUGCAACAGCAUGUACAGGCUUGAUCAUUGCUUUCAUUGCAAGCUGGCAAUUGGCGUUGAUCAUUGUUGUCAUAGCCCCUCUUGUUGGAUUGAAUGGAUAUGUUCAAAUGAAGUUCUUGAAAGGCUUCAGUUCAGAUGCAAAGCGGAUGUAUGAGGAAGCGAGCCAGGUUGCUAACGAUGCAGUUGGAAGCAUAAGAACAGUGGCAUCUUUCUGCGCUGAAGAGAAAGUUAUGGAAUUCUAUAAGAAGAAAUGUGAAGGUCCAAGGAAAACAGGAAUAAGGCAAGGCUUGAUCAGUGGAAUAGGAUUCGGGGUUUCAUUUUUUCUUCUCUAUUGUGUCUAUGCAACCUGUUUCUAUGCUGGAGCUAGAUUUGUGAAGGAUGGCAAGGCAUCAUUCUCAGAUGUUUUAAGGGUUUUCUUUGCUUUAACUAUGGCAGCUAACGCAAUUUCCCAAUCAAGCUCACUUGCACCUGAUUCUAGCAAAGCCAAGUCAGCUGCUGCUUCCAUAUUUGGACUUCUUGAUAUGAAGUCAAAGAUAGAUCCAAGUGAUGAGUCUGGGACAACACUGGAUAAUGUAAAUGGUGAAAUUAAGUUUCGCCAUGUAGGCUUUAAGUAUCCAUCUAGACCGGAUAUACAGAUUUUUCGAGACCUAAGUUUGACCAUCCAUUCUGGCAAAACAGUGGCCCUUGUUGGUGAGAGUGGAAGCGGGAAAUCCACAGUGAUUGCUUUGUUACAAAGAUUCUAUGAUCCAGAUUUUGGUCAAAUCACACUUGAUGGGAUAGAAAUUCAGAAAUUGCAGCUCAAGUGGUUGAGGCAGCAGAUAGGGCUUGUAGGUCAAGAGCCAGUAUUAUUCAAUGACACCAUUCGUGCCAACAUUGCAUAUGGUAAAGGAGGCAAUGCAACUGAAGCAGAAAUCAUACAAGUAGCAGAACUGGCCAAUGCUCAUGGCUUUAUUAGUGCCUUACAACAGGGUUAUGAUACUGUGGUGGGAGAGAGGGGAAUACAGUUAUCUGGUGGGCAGAAGCAACGUGUAGCCAUUGCACGUGCUAUAAUAAAGAGUCCAAAGAUAUUGCUACUUGAUGAGGCCACAAGUGCAUUGGAUGCAGAGUCGGAGAGAGUUGUUCAAGAUGCAUUAGACAAAGUGAUUGUGAAUAGAAGCACUGUGGUUGUGGCACAUCGUCUAUCCACAGUUAAAAAUGCAGAUGUCAUUGCUGUAGUUAAAGAUGGAGUUAUUGUGGAAAAAGGAAGGCAUGAGACCCUCAUUAGCAUGGAGGAUGGUUUUUAUGCUUCCUUGGUCCAACUUCAUUAUAGUGCGUCAACAGCAUGA